ACCUCUUUAUAUAUACUUUGCAUGAAAUGCACGCAUUAACAAAACACCACCAUUGAUAGAUAAACUGAGAAGAGAAGAGAAGAAGAUAGAACAUGAGUCAGGAGCAGCCUCAGAGGCCGCAGCACGAGGAAGCUGUCAAGUAUGGAGACGUCUUCAACGUCGAGGGAGAUCUGAAGAGCAAGCCGGUGGCACCGGUUGACGCUGCCUUGAUGCAGAAGGCGGAGAAUGCGAUGCUCGGGAAGACACAGAAGGGUGGCGCUGCCGCUGCCAUGCAAUCGGCGGCGGCGAAGAAUGAGAGGGAGGGAGUGGUGGGGCAUAAUGAUAUGAGUAAAAUUGCCACCGAGGGUGGUGUCAGUUUAACCGAGACUGAUGUUUCCGGGAGGCAGGUCAUCACGGAGUCCGUCGGUGGACAGGUUCUUCACAACCUAGAAGACAGUGUAACAAAAAAAAAUCUAGAAGACAAGGGAAGGAAAUUUUGUAAAUUAGCUGAGGUGGUGGAACAAUUUAACCAAAAGGCAUCACUGAAUACAGUGACACCUCCAUCUCUUGUUCAAGAGAUGGGCGCCGCCGGAGCUGGUGGAACCGGAGGCAUCACCAUAGGUGAAGCGCUCGAAGCCACUGUUUUGACAGCCGGAAAAAAGCCUGUGGAGUGGAGUGACGCGGCUGCAAUUCAAGCAGCCGAAGUGAGAGCCACAGGCCGAACCAACAUUGUCCCCGGAGGUGUUGCCGCGGCGGCGCAGUCAGCAGCUACACUCAAUGCUCGAGCAACUAAAGAUGAGGAGAAAACCAAACUUGCUGAUAUUCUGACGGAUGCGACUUCGAAGUUACCAGCAGACAGAGUAGCAACGAGGAGAGAUGCUGAAGGGGUGACGGGUGCAGAAAUGAGAAAUGAUCCGAACCUCACUACUCAUCCUGGCGGUGUCUCUGCAUCUGUGGCAGCAGCAGCUAGGCUUAACCAGCAAGCCAAUCAUAACUAAGUCAUAUACCAUUUUCUCAUUAUAUAUAUAGUAAAGUAAUGUGAUGUAAUGGUGUGCUUGUUAAUUUUGUAAUGGAGUCUGCUUUUCUCCCUAGCUAGAAUUUUAAUUUGUUUUCUCCAAUGUAAUGAGAAUUUUGAAUGAGAAAAAAAAGAGAAUAAUUAUAAUGUACUGCCAUGUAAUUAUAUCACAGUAUUUUGUCAUGUUAAUAAUUUGAAUUAGCAAACAAAAUUUAAAUCAAAUUAGAAUCCUAAUGAACUGUAACUGCAUUCAAAUUCUGCACUGCGUUUUGUCGGUUUUCAGUUUUCAUCUUAGUCCACGUUCAUUUCUUCACCCUCUCCAGGUUGAAGAAGAAGCACAUACGAGCACUCAUCAAGCAGCUCGAUCUCUCAGUCUCUGCUCUGUUGCAACAACUUUCAUUAGCGAUAAAAGAUCUCUGAUGGCAG